AUGGUUGAAGAACACUUCGGGAAGCUCAUAGAGACCCACCUGAAAACCAUCCCAAGUCAUGCAUUUUCAAAUCUGCCCAAUAUUUCCAGGAUCUAUUUAUCUAUAGAUGCAACUCUGCAGCGACUGGAAUCACAUUCUUUCUACAAUUUGAGUAAAAUGACUCACAUAGAAAUUCGGAACACUAGAAGCUUAACUUCCAUAGACCCUGAUGCCCUAACAGAGCUCCCCCUUCUGAAGUUCCUUGGCAUUUUCAAUACUGGACUUAGAAUAUUUCCUGACCUGACCAAAGUCUACUCCACAGAUGUAUUCUUUAUACUUGAAAUCACAGACAAUCCUUACAUGACUUCAAUCCCUGAGAAUGCAUUUCAAGGACUCUGUAAUGAAACCUUGACACUGAAACUCUACAACAAUGGCUUUACUUCAGUCCAAGGACAUGCUUUCAAUGGAACAAGGCUGGAUGCUGUUUACCUAAACAAGAAUAAAUAUCUGACAGCUAUUGACAAAGACGCCUUUGAAGGAGUAUACAGUGGACCAACUUUGCUAGAUGUGUCUUCCACCAGUGUUACUGCCCUACCAUCCAAAGGCCUGGAGCACCUGAAAGAACUCAUAGCAAAAAACACUUGGACUCUAAAGAAACUUCCUCUCUCCUUGAGUUUCCUCCACCUCAUACGGGCUGACCUGUCGUAUUCGAGCCACUGCUGUGCUUUUAAGAAUCAGAAGAAAAUCAGAGGAAUCUUGGAGUCCUUGAUGUGUAAUGAGAGUGGUAUGCAGAACCUGCAUCAAAGAAAAUCGGUAAAUGUCUUCAGAGGCCCCAUCUACCAGCAAUAUGAGGAAGAUGAGGAUGACAACAGUGUCGGGUACAAGCAAAACUCCAAGUACCAGGAGAGCCCCAGCAACUCUCAUUAUUACGUCUUCUUUGAAGAGCAAGAGGAUGAGAUCAUAGGUUUUGGUCAGGAGCUCAAAAACCCUCAGGAAGAGACUCUCCAGGCUUUUGACAGCCACUAUGACUACACUGUAUGUGGGGAUAAUGAAGACAUGGUGUGUACCCCGAAGUCGGAUGAGUUCAACCCCUGUGAAGACAUCAUGGGCUACAAGUUCCUGAGAAUCGUGGUGUGGUUUGUCAGUCUGUUGGCCCUCCUGGGCAAUGUGUUCGUCCUGUUCGUUCUUCUCACCAGCCACUACAAACUGACCGUACCACGCUUUCUUAUGUGCAACUUGGCCUUUGCGGAUUUCUGCAUGGGGAUAUACCUGCUUCUCAUCGCCUCUGUAGACCUGUACACUCACUCUGAGUACUACAACCAUGCCAUUGACUGGCAGACAGGCCCUGGGUGCAACACAGCUGGUUUCUUCACUGUCUUCGCCAGUGAGUUAUCCGUGUACACACUGACAGUCAUCACCCUGGAGCGAUGGUAUGCCAUCACCUUCGCCAUGCGCCUGGACCGGAAGAUCCGCCUCAGGCAUGCCUACACCAUCAUGGUUGGGGGUUGGAUUUGCUGCUUCCUUCUUGCCCUGCUGCCUUUGGUAGGAAUAAGCAGUUAUGCCAAGGUCAGCAUCUGCCUGCCGAUGGACACCGACACCCCUCUUGCCCUGGCGUACAUUAUCCUUGUUCUCUUGGUCAAUAUCGUCGCCUUUGUCAUCGUCUGUUCCUGUUAUGUGAAGAUCUACAUCACUGUCCGAAAUCCCCAGUAUAACUCUCGGGACAAAGACACCAAAAUUGCCAAGAGGAUGGCCGUGUUGAUCUUCACUGACUUCAUGUGCAUGGCCCCGAUCUCCUUCUAUUCCCUGUCAGCACUUAUGAACAAGCCUCUUAUCACUGUUACCAACUCCAAAAUCUUGCUUGUUCUCUUCUAUCCCCUCAACUCCUGUGCCAAUCCAUUCCUCUAUGCUAUUUUUACCAAGGCCUUCCAGAGGGAUGUAUUCAUCCUGCUCAGCAAGUUUGGCAUCUGCAAACGCCAGGCUCAGGCAUACCAGGGUCAGAGAGUCUGUCCAAACAACAGCACUGGUAUUCAGAUCCAAAAGGUUCCUGGGGACAUGAGACAGAAUCCGCCCAACAUGCAAGAUACCUAUGAACUGCUUGAAAACUCCCACCUAACUCCAAACACACAGGGAAAAAUCUCAGAAGGGUAUAAGCAAACAGCCUUGUAAAUGGCACUAUACUAUUCAUAGUGGAACCUUAAAAACUGGUUUCUUGACAUGCAUUCCAAUCCUAUGACAUGUGAACACACAGCUGACCUAUUGCUCCUACAGGUGAUGUUUCAUAGGUCCAGAAUUCAUCUCAACAGAGUAUGAUCUCCAAGAAAGAAGAGCUAUCAGCAUAUCUGAAUCCCUGGUGAUAUGGAAAUAAUUGUGCUUUCUGGAGGCUUUGCUUGAUGCUGAGUCUAUGAUACUGCGUAACAUGUGCCACAGAUAACAACUGAACAAUUUCAACAUCUAUCUUCCUUGCUUUUAUAAAGCAUUUCAUACUAAAGAUUCAGCAAAUGACCAGUGUAUCUGUGUACGUAAGCAGCCCCAUUUCGGCUCCCCUGAUAUAGUCAAAGAGGUUUUAAUUCCUUGAAACUAAAAUGCCAUACUUGGGAGGUGGAAGCAGGAAAAUGUAAAAUUCAUCCUUAGAUACAUGGUGAGUUCCAGCCUGU